AUGGGGAAAUUAUCAGAGCAAAAUCAGAUUAGGAACAAUAAUUCAAGUAUUAAUAAUAUUAUUGGUGGUUCAGUUGUUAAAGUGAAAAGAACUAGAAAAACUGUUCCAAGAGAUUCACCUCCUCAACGUAGCUCCAUUUAUCGAGGAGUCACAAGACAUCGAUGGACAGGUAGAUAUGAAGCUCAUUUAUGGGAUAAGAAUUGUUGGAAUGAAUCUCAGAACAAAAAAGGAAGACAAGUUUAUCUUGGUGCUUAUGAUGAUGAAGGAACAGCUGCUCAUGCUUAUGAUUUGGCUGCACUUAAAUACUGGGGAAGUGAAACCAUUCUUAAUUUUCCGGUAUCAACUUAUGAAAAGGAGAUCAAAGAAAUGGAGGGUCAAUCAAGAGAAGAAUAUAUCGGAUCAUUGAGAAGGAAAAGCAGUGGAUUCUCAAGAGGAGUUUCAAAGUAUCGUGGAGUUGCAAGACAUCACCAUAAUGGAAGAUGGGAAGCUCGAAUAGGCAGAGUUUUUGGAAACAAGUACCUUUAUCUUGGAACAUAUGCUACACAAGAAGAAGCUGCUACUGCAUAUGACAUGGCAGCUAUCGAGUAUCGUGGACUUAAUGCAGUGACCAAUUUUGACCUUAGCCGUUACAUCAAAUGGCUAAAACCGAACAACAACAAUAAUAAUAAUAAUAACAAUCAACCAAACCCUAAUACUGAAACUAACAUGAUCCCAACUCCAAAUCAUAAUAUUGAAUCGACCUCGACCCUGACCACGACCACAACCACGACCUGUGUCUCUGCAACUUCUGUUUAUCCUCAGUUACAAAUUACUUCAGGCACCACUAUGCUCGAUGCAUCGAUAUCACAAAGUCGACCACCUCCUGCCACGUCAGCCCUCGGGCUACUACUCCAAUCUACCAAGUUCAAGGAAAUGAUGGAAAUGACCUUAGCGGCCGAGUGCCCGCCCGUACCGGUCGAAUUACCCGACCCGGGCCCACCACAAAGUAGUAGCUUCCCUGAGGAUAUAAAAACUUAUUUUGAUACUCAAGAAUUUGGUCAUGGCCAAGGAGAAGAUAUGAUGUUUAAUGAGAUCAAUUCCUUCAUGCAACCCCUUUUUAAAUUUGAUUAUGAUGCUUAA